AUGAGCCGCCUGUCUGGACGCCUGCGGUCAGGUGGAGGUGGGGGGGUGGGGCGUGAGGGUGGGGCCUUGGCGGAGGAGCAGGGGUGUGAGCGGGGGCUGGCGACGUGGGGGAGGGAGGUGGCAGCAGGGGUACAGGAGAGGGUCACAGUGGAACCCAGUGCUGAGGCUGGAGCUCAAGGGACCCUUGACCUUUCACCCUCGCCCCCCUCCCUGGCCAACGGGGUUCACCUGCACAGGAGGCCUGGCCUUGGAACACGCCGACGCUGGCAGACAGAGACACACACCGAUGCUUUAACACACACACCCGGACAGACAGGAGUCACAGGCAUGCAGAUUUACACGGAUCUCCAAAUGCACACACCUGCGGACACUCACACACACCUAGCUGCUAACACACACAUGGAUGCUCACACACACUCGGACUCUGCCGGUCCAGAGCAGCCCAGAACUGUUUCAUCACCAGAGACUCACACCAGAUCACCUCAGCGACAGGUCCUCCUGCCUGUCACUCAUCCAGCCUGCAUCAAUCAGCAAGUUGCUUCCUCUCCCUGCAGCCCGCCUCCUCCACCCUCUGCAAACAGAGACAGGCCCCCGGCCAUUAGCCCUGCCCAUAUUGGACCAACACCUCUAGAUCUCUCUAAACCCUCAAGAGCUAUUGGCCCAAAUCCUACAGGCCCUUCUCUUAUUGGUCCAUCCGGUUCAGACCCUUCUACUAUUGGCCCAGCCCCUGUAGAUCCCUCUCCUGUAUCUGUCGAAGGGGAGAGGAAGUAUGCGCUCCGUAGCUCCGGUCGACCUCGCUUCCCUUGCCAGCUACGCAAGUCCUCCCGCAUCCGCCGAUCCACCGAGGAUGGAGAGAGGAGGGGAGUUAGGGAGAGCGAGAGAGAGGAGGAGAUGGCGGAGGAGGAAGAGGAGGAGGAGAAAGAGAGGGUGAGUGUACAUGUAAAGGUAGAGCGCCCCACAGUGGAGGAGUGUUUACCUGCAACCUCGAAGCCUGCAGACUCAGCUGUACCUGUAGCGCCACACCCUUCACCACACCCUUCAACACGCCCCUCACCACGCCCUACACCACACCCCACCUCUCACUCCGCCCCCCGGCCAGCGCCCAAACCCAGAACUUCAACCAAACCCCAACCUAGACCUUCAACCAACGCCAAACCAAAAGCCCAACCCAGACCAUCGAUGAAAGCCUCGCCUAAAUCCUCGCCCAGACCAGCGAACAAUCCCAGACCAGCAACCAAUCUUUCGCCUUGUCCAUCGACCAAUACCGUGCCCCAGCCGACAGUGAAGAAGGAGGUGCCUGAUGAUCUAGUUCCUAAACAGAAACGGCGGUUCGUUGGUGUGAGGCGUAUCGUGGUGAAGGUGGCUCGUAUCCCGGUCAACCUCAGCCGACGCCAAAAGAGCUACAAGAUCUCCUCCAUGGAGACCGUUGUCGGGCCGGAGAGGGGCGGGGCCAGUGGCGAGGGGGGGUUGGAGGGAGCUGAGGGGGUCCGAGAGCCAACUGCUCUCCUUCGCAUGAAGAACAAUGGGAAGAAUGUGAUGGUCAUGUUCCCGCCUGGAGAACUCCCGGUGAUCCUGAAACGCAGGCGCGGCCGACCUCCCAAACAGGUUGUACCGGGAAUGCCAGAUAAAACUGGUGGGAAUUCCGCCGCUGCCAGUGGGAACGGCGAACCCAAGAAACCUCGUCGGCGCCGGCGGGCCAAGCUCCCGUCUCCGCAACCGUCGUACGUGAACGACACCAACGACGUGAAGACGGAGUACGGAGACGUUCUGUCCAAACUGGCGUUCCUAAACCACCAACCGCCUGCCACCGGUCGCUGCUCCCCACCACGCUGCUGGACACCCAGCGAACCGGAUAGUUUUCACACGCCGUCCAACAACCCUGGGAUCUCCGCCCUGCUCCACCGACUCACAGGGUUCAGACGCAGGGGAGGGAGGGGUGGUGGCGUAGGGGGCAGGGGAGGAGGAGCAGGGGGGGCCGGGUGCGAGGGCUUCAAGAGCUCCUUCAGUGACUUCUUCGAGACGAUCGGGAAGAAAAGAAAAGUGACCCCUGCUCUGUCAGAACCAGGGUUACCCAAGAAACGAGGGAAGGGGGCAAGGCAGCGGGGGGCAGCUGCCAAACAAGACUGGUUUAAUGGGGGAGGUGUCUGGGGGGAGGAAGGGGGAGGCAUGAGGAGCGAGGCCAGGAGGGGGUACCAGCUGUGCUCCCCGGGGGAGGCGUCCGCUGUCCUGGUGAGGGGGGGAAGGAGAUGUGCGUACGGCAGCCCUGCGCAGCAGGAGCGCGUAGGAGGUGGAGAGAGGCGCAGGGUUUUGUUCGCCGGAUAUUUCCGCUCCCUGCUGGACUCUGACAACUCCUCAGACCUCCAACUCCCACCUCCUCCCUCGUUCCCCAAGUCCCACCCCUCCUUCCCUCCCUCCGUCCUGCUCCCCCAGCUCCCCCCAUCCCUCCUCCUCCUCCUACGGUCACUACACACCUGGCUAUUUCCUCCUCCUCUCCUGCAGGGCAGCGCAGCGCCACAAAGACCCGCAGACUGCAGCUUUGCAGCCUACGGGGCAGCAGGGCUGGAUAAGGCCUCCACAGCCCCCCCCGUGGGCCAGGGUCAGAUGGGCUAUUCCAAUUUUUCCAAGCGUGGAUAUGGGGGCUACCCUGGGCAGGUUGGACCAUCCUCUCCAGGGGGAGGGGGGUAUAUGGCCAUGGCCAAGAACAACCCCUUCCCUUCCUCAUCAUCUCCAGAGGGUUACAGACACUACCCCUCGAACCAGUGGAACUGCAAGCAGGGCUCCAGUGGCUGGGCGUGGGACAGUCUGGCUCAUCAUUACCCAGGAGGCUACAGUGACUACGUCACCCCAGGCCCCAGCGAGCCCAAAGACAUCCUGGACAUCUCCAACUACACCCCCCAGAAGGCCAAGCGACAACCCUUCCUCGAGAACCUAUCAGAGUCCUCCUCUGACUCAUCCCACCUGGGGUGCACCGGGUCAGGAGGCGGAGUCAGUACCGGAGGUGGGGGCGGAGGCUCGGGUUCAGGUUCCGGAGGUGGGGCUUACAGGCAGGGUGGAGGCAGGGAGUCUCUUCCUAUUGGUGGAGAGGGAGGUCAAGGCCAGUCCAGCCUAUCAAGUCUGGAGAAGCUGAUGAUGGACUGGCAUGAGAGCGCCUCAGGCCCCUCCUACAACUGGAGCCAGAACGUUCUCUUCCAGGGGCAGGGGAAGCCCRGYCGGGGGCGCAGGAAACGGAAUGCUGCCGAACCCCAAACGGAGAAGGAGGGGGGUGGCGGACCAGGAGCAGGACCAGGGACCACCCCAGACUCUCCCACCAGUCCCCCAGCCCAGACCCAGUCCCACACCUCAACCCAGGGCUCUGGUGCCAAACGCAUUGGGGGGGGGGGGCGGGGGGGCGGGUCCCCCAGCCCAGACCCAGUCCCACACCUCAACCCAGGGCUCUGGUGCCAAACGCAUUGGGAUGGGGGGGCGGCAGGGCAGGGGGGCGAGGGGAGGCAGGGGAAGGCUGUGCCCGUCCCCUAG